AAUUAUUUUUACCAUUUACUUAGUUUUCUUUAUAAACUAUCGCUGAUAUUAAACGUAGUUUUAUCUUAUAUUUUGUUGUUGUUUUUAACUUUUGAUUCGGAAUAACAAUAAGUUUAGUGUUGUGUUUGUUUACAAAAUACAUUUUGUUCGGUUGUUUAGAUCGUAAGAAGAAAAACGAAAAAUUUGCCGGUUGUGCGCAUGCUCAACAGUGAGUGACAUUAAGUGUUUACCUUUUGGUGAUUGUGUUGUUGCAUUCGAAAGCUUACACUGCGAUAACACAACGAAGAAGCAUGCAGAACGCAUGUAUUUAAAAGUUGCAAGUUCCAAAAGAGACCGUGCAACCGUAGCGCAGAGAGAUAAUAAACAAAUAACGAUUAUAACAUUGAUUUGUACACGGCGAUGCGAUCAGUUGAAAUGAAAUUACUUAUUGUUUAUUACAGAUGAUUGUGUGUAAAGUGUUGCUUGUACAAUUACUACCAGUAAUAAUAAAUAGUACGCCCGUCUGCCCGCCCGUCCGCUAUAACUGUUACUUAUAGUGUUCAUGCAACAAACAGUUGAGUGUUAGACGAAAAAGUGUUGCGUGUAUAAUUGUGUGAAUUCGUUUGAAAGUGCUGCACACACAAAUAGUAUAAAAAAUAUAAAAAAGAAAAAAACAAUAACAACAAAUGCAUGUGUAUUCACAUUAAUUGGUGAUUAUCUGUCAUAGUAGAGAAAGAUGUGCAUUCAACGUAUGUAGAAACAAUUUUUAUUACAAUUACAACAAAAAUAAUAAUAACAAUAUCCAGAACGACGACAACAACGUAGAAAAUAAAGAGCCCAGUAUUUGAGAUGUAACAUGUGCGGGAAAAUAAAUUGUUGCACGACGGAAUUUCCAACCAUUAUCAGUGGAGGUUUUUGCUGAGUUGCAAUCAAAUCAUUUUUGUACAUUGUUGUUGCUUUCCUAGAGAUUUGCCCACGCCACAACAGAACUACUUACAUACUAUAAAUGAAAUACAAAAACAAAUAAUAUAAAAUAAAAACAAACUAAACCAAGUAGAGGUGCAAAAGCUCAUCUAAGGUGUUACCCGGUGUUGAUGAAUGCUUGCACGCCGUCACCAUGGCAUCAAAUGUCGUUUAUUCUGACAACUGACACAUCUUGAACAGCAUAACGAACUACGAACACGGCCGUACGUUUGCGGAUAAGCCAGCAGAGAACAAGUGAUUUUGCGCGCUAGGGUGUGUACUACUGACAAUUGUAAAUGCUCUAGUGCGGUGGUGUCUGUCGCCCAAUUAAAUUGCCAUAAAUAACACACACAUUGUAACUUGGCACUAUCGGAUGUGCACAGCUUUUUUUUCUAAUUUCAUUCGUUGUAAAUGCUUACAAACCUAUUAUUGUUGUUUGAUUUUGGGCAUGGCAUCUAGAGACAAAGUGACACAGUAAGAAAUAUAAAAAAUAUAUGUAUAUAAUUUUAUUUACACUGCAAUUUCGAAACUGCCACAAUAUCACACUCUCACGCAUUUGUUUUAUGCAGCGUUUGAACCCGAUCAGCCGGAUGUGUUGUGCUGGCUUUUCCACGGGUGGUGUCAAUUAGAGACAAUUGAAAAUCUGAUUUGGAUUAAGUACGCAGAUUUCAUACGCAGUUUUUCUAUUAGUUUUUUUCUCAUUUAAACAUUCAAUGCUUGGGAUUUUUUUGUGCGGAGGAUGGCCAUGCCAGUGCUUUAUCGUGAAAAAUAAAAACAAAAGACUUAAAGAAUCGUUUGUUUCCGAAGUGUCCUAUGUUUGUCUAUUGUGUGUAUCAUUUUCGUUUGUUUGUUUUUCAAGUAAAUAUCGUUAAAAUAAUACUUCCCAAGAAAUUGUGUUACGCGCAAAAAUCGUAAUAUAUAUUAGUUUCUAUGUGCAUACCCACAUGUCGGUUUAUAUAGUGUAGCUGUAAGUAAAUUGGGAAGUUUGCACAACGUGUAUGUUUUUGGUGUUGCAUACAACAAGUAGCGCGUAAGCUUUCUGCUUCAUAAAUUUUUAGUUUAUGGAUUUAAAGAAGACGCGCUUGCGCUAUGCCUGUAUCGAGAAAGCAACAACAUCAACAAUAACAAAAAAGAAAUAACUGCCUACCAACAUAAAGCAUAAUACAUAUUUAUAAUAACAAUAUAAAUUAAGAAUCGUUGCUAUUUCCAUUGCCCCGUUGUGUUGCCGCCCUAGUUGAACGUCACGCAUUGUAAACGCCAGCGUAUCCCACAUACGUACGAAAACGUAUUGUUCGUAUCAUUUCUCCGCAUGUGUUGUGAUAUUAAGUUGGAUUUUGAUUUGUACUUGCACAAUUUUUGAUGAAUUUUUAUUAUUUCUACACAUUUUUUUUUAAAUUUUGCUGUGCACAAUUUUGUUGUUGCACACACACUCUUUGCGGCGUUGAGAAUAUGUUUCGGUGAACUGUAUCAAAAAAUACUGUUGAUGCAAGAAAAGUGAAAAAUAAAAUUUAGAUGGAUGAACGUAUAUGAUCGUGUAUGUGAAUGUGUUGCUAUAAUAAUCAUAAAGAAAAACUAAACAAAACUUGCAACUGCUGUAAGUUAAAUGUGAGUGUUUGUCGUGGAUGUUUGCAACAUCAUACAAACAAAUAAUACAUAUAUACAUACAUAAGGUGAUUGUUGAACGAACAUACAGACAAUAGUUAAAUGUAUGAAAGAAAUUAAAAGAAAAUCGUAAACUAUUUUAACUAACAACAACAACAUCAACAAUAAGGAAAGUGUUCAACAGUUGUCAUUGCAUUAAAAGCAACAUUUAUUUCUUAUUACCGCUGUUGCACCGUGCUCCGUGCUGCAUGCAUGCAUUACAUCAGUUUUGUGUAUUUUUUCUUUGCUAUUCUGUUAUAGUUUGCCAAAUAGCACUCAUUGAAGAAUUACCUACCAACAGCAUUUGCAACAAUAAUAAGAGCAGCCGCAUAUUGUCGCUUUAACAAAAUACAAACAAACUGCAAUAACAACUGCCACCGCCAAUACGAUCAACAAAACACAAAAAAAAAAAACAAUACUUAAUAGUAAUCUUCAAUUGUCUUCAUCAAAGAAAAAAUAAAAGAAAAAAACACACUAAGCUAAAUCGGUGCAACAGUUUCAAAUCGGCAACAGGCGGCAGCAAUCAUUAUUUUGUAAGCUGUUUUACAAUUUAAUGGUUUUCAUGAAUGGACUUGGGCCAGACCCUCUGCCAGCAAAGGAGGCAGAGGGCCCUCCCGUUCAAGUAGAACCAGUAGAUUUAAGCUUACGUUCACCAAGAGGAUCUCAAAGUUAUAAAACGGCAUCUCAUAUUAAAAAUAACUACAGUUCACCUCCAUCAGCCGCAAUAUCAGCAACGAAUCUACUACGAAGUAACAUUUGUUCAAAUACCACAAAUAGCAGUCGAAAUUCUCAAUUUUCUUCAGGAGCAACAUUUUCAUCAUCAAGCAAUUCAAUGGUUACAAAUCGUCAAUAUUCAUCAUUUUCAAGCGCUUCGGCGGCUGUCACAAAAAUGCCAAUUCCACCGUUUUUAGCAGCAUCUCCAUUCCUUUUUUCAUACCGCAGACUGAAGGAUGAAUCAAAUAAUAAUCUCGGAUAUAUGAAUAGUAAUCACAGUAAUGGCAGUAGUUCUACAUCCUCGCAAAGUUUAAGUCCCCACAAUGCUAGUAUAGUGGCUUCAUCGUUCCAUGCACAUUCGCCGGUCGGAUCGUCAACCUCGUCAUUUUCAAGUGCCAACUCUGGCGGCAACGGAUCCUUUUUGCAAGACUACGAUCGCAAAUUUAGCUUAUUAAGUCUAUUUAAAAACCCUUACAAAUACACUGACCGCAGAAGUACUGCACAGAUUCCAACAGGUUUUGGGGGAGGUGCAGCUGCAGCAAUUAGUUCUGCAUUUCCGAUGGCAAGUCCGGGCUUGUCCGCAUCUGCUUUUAGUUCUGCGGCGCAUACUGUAGCCAUAAGCCAUAAAAUCCAACCAACAAACUCAUCGAACGCAUCGCCAUGGAAACUUAUGGCCGAAGCCCACCAAAGCUCUCCUUUUAGCCAUUCUUAUCAGGGAGCAUUUAGUGCAAUGACUACCUCCGAUGGAAGUAAUCGUAAGAAUGCAUUUAGCAGCAUAGUUUCUGGAGGCAGUACUGCCUUUGCUCGUUCUAAUGAUACUAGCACAAAUAGCAGUGCAAAUGGUUGCAGUGAUCCAUCUAAGAAUCGCAAAGUUCAUAAAUGUGACAAUGAAGGUUGCGACAAAGUAUAUACAAAAAGUUCUCACUUAAAAGCCCACAAGCGAACUCAUACAGGUGAAAAACCAUAUGUUUGUACUUGGGAAGGAUGCGUUUGGCGCUUUGCUCGAUCCGAUGAACUAACCCGCCAUUAUCGUAAACACACUGGUGUUAAGCCAUUUCGUUGUCAAUUGUGCACAAGAUCGUUUAGUCGUUCCGACCAUCUAUCUCUGCACAUGCGAAGACAUUGACUACAUAAUGUUUUAGACAAAUUACACUUAUAGAUAAAUAAAUUCACACACACACACACACCUAGCUAAAUUUGUAUUGUUAAGAUUUAUGUAAAUUUUAAUUUUACUAUUAAAUUUACUAUUUAUUUAUUUAAAAUAACCAACUGAAAAAAAUACUCAUACUAAAUAGCUUCAAAACGUAUCGUAGUUAAAAAACAAGUGACAUUGAGAUAUUUUAAGGAAUUGUAAUUAAUCUUUACAUAUCAUAUUCUCCAAAUAAUGAAAUGUAGAUGCCUAGUAAUUUAGGUACCCGGACGUUACAUGAUCAACUUUUGUUUUCCAAGUAUCGCUUAAUUACUAAUACUAUUAUAUUCAAUGGAACAAAUCAAUAAAAUUAUAUUCGGAGUACAUCUUAACUGCAAUUAACGUUAACUCACAAUUUUUAACUAGUUUAUGAAUUGCGCAGGCCUGCGGGAAAUGAAGCGAUAAUUGUAUAAAAAGUAGCAUGCAGAAGCAAAUGGACCUAAAUUUAAACCUGAUAUCUAAAUGCAUUCUACUUUAAAUUUUUUAGUAUUUUUAAUAAAACCAGUAAAAAUUUAAGGAUUACAAAGCAAAAUCACCAAUUAUGGAUUACAAAGCAAAAUCACCAAUUUUGCAAACAGUAGAAAUGGGUUCAAGUAUACAAGUACACGCCUAGAACUAAUGGUACUAGUAAUUUUCCAAACACACUCAGUGUUAAUUUGAGCCUUAAGAUGGUAUAAGAAAGUUUACAGUUGGGAACUGAGUACUGACUUUUUUACUAGUAAAAUACUAGUUCCAUUUCCUGCAGGGAGGUAAGACAAAAUUAUAAAAAAAAGAAAAUUUCAAAAAUUAAAACAAUAUGCAAAUGUUUAAAAAUAUGCCAAAAUAAAAAUUAUAUGUAAAUACUUUUAAAAUAUGGUAUAAACCCCAACAUAUGCAGAAAUAAUAUCUAACAAAUCAAUGACAAACUCUUAAAAUAUAUGAAGAAUAAACUUAUUUAGUCACUUUUCGUAAUAAAUCAGUUCUUUGGUUAUAAGACUCGAAUUAGUAUUUGAAGAAAAUAAUAUAAAUAAAAAUACCAUUCGUGAAAUUGUGCUCUCUUCCAGAAUAACAUUUCUGCACUUGGUCAAAACUUAUCAAUUAUCAAACAUCGAAUAUUGAAUCAAAUGCAAAUCCAAUAGCCAAAAUCCCUACUAUGAACCGAAAAUUUUAAACCAAAUGAUGAUCUCUAACCUGAACUAAUCUUCACAUUUUAAUGAUUGAAACGUAUUUGGCACUUACAUAUAUUAAAUAUUAAAAAAUAUCUCCAAAAUCACCACAAAAGCCAUAGGAUGCCUAAUAACUUAAAUAUAUGAAAUUGAGGCCUUAUUUAUAAUAAGAAAAUAUAGCAAAAUUAUAAUAACUAUUUUUUAAUGCUCAAUAAAAAGACAUUUUUGUAAAUAAUUUAUUUUAAUUAUUGUAAUAUUAAUCAAAAUUUAAAUUAAUAUUAUUUAUUAUACAAAUGUACAUAGAAACACUCUUAUAAAUUAUUAUUUAAGUAAUAGUUUUCUAUAUUUUUGUAGUUAGCUCAAUUUUGUAAAUACCCGUUUGAAGUUAGUGAACUAUAUACACAUAUUAAUUAUACAUAAAUAAAAUUAUUUAAAUAGAUAAUCUAAAUAUUCUAAAACCCGCAAAGUACUAAUUAAUUUAUGGAAUAAACAGA